UGUUAUGCCGCUCUAAAUACACGAAACUUCUCUCUCAUCUCUCCUAUCUGAGACGACGAUACAGCCACCGGAAACACCGCCGGAGCAUUUACCGGAGAAUUUGCUUACUGUUCUUUGACUACUUCCAUCUCCUUCGCUACUCUUUUUUUUUUUUCUAGUAAAACGCGGUCACUGAUACGUGUACAACUGUAUGUAUUUACACAGAAUCUCUGUUAUUAUUGUCUCUCUUGUUUUCCAGCAGUUAAGUUGUUGCCAUAAAAGCCACCGCUAUAGAGAGGUAGAGAGAGAGAAGAGGUUAUUUAUACUAGAAAACUGAGAAAGAUAACCGAUAGAGAGAGACAUAGAGAGAGAAAUGGAGACGGAGGGAGAUGCUCAUAGAAAGAUAACCAUCGGCGUGUGUGUAAUGGAAAAGAAGGUGAAAUGCGGCCCCGAGGCAUUCUCAGCACCGAUGGGGCAGAUUUUGGAACGAUUGGAGUCGUUUGGUGAAUUUGAGAUCAUAUAUUUCGGUGACAAGGUUAUUCUUCAGGAUCCAAUUGAAAGGUGGCCAAUAUGUGAUUGCCUGAUUGCCUUCUAUUCAUCUGGAUAUCCACUGAAAAAAGCUCAGGCAUAUGCUGCUUUAAGGAGACCUUUUCUUGUGAAUGAAUUGGAGCCGCAGCAUCUUCUUCAUGAUCGAAGAAUGGUGUAUGAGCGUCUUGAAAAGUAUGGAAUUCCUGUCCCAAGAUAUGCACUUGUAAAUAGAGGAUAUCCAUAUCAAGAGUUGGACUACUUCAUUGAGGAGGAAGAUUUUGUUGAAGUACGAGGGAAUCGUUUCUGGAAGCCUUUUGUGGAGAAACCUGUUGAUGGUGAUGAUCACAGUAUCAUGAUCUAUUAUCCUAGUUCAGCAGGUGGAGGCAUGAAAGAAUUGUUUCGAAAGAUUGGUAAUCGGUCGAGUGAAUUUCGUCCGGACGUUAGGAGAGUGAGGCGUGAAGGCUCAUAUAUAUAUGAAGAAUUUAUGCCUACAGGAGGAACAGAUGUGAAGGUAUACACAGUAGGUCCUGAAUAUGCACAUGCCGAGGCAAGAAAGUCUCCUGUUGUUGAUGGUGUUGUUAUGAGAAAUCAUGACGGCAAAGAAGUCAGAUAUCCUGUACUGCUUACUCCCACUGAGAAGCAAAUGUCAAGAGAGGUUUGCUUGGCAUUUAGGCAAUCAGUAUGUGGUUUUGAUCUUCUACGUUCGGAUGGACGAUCUUAUGUUUGUGAUGUGAAUGGAUGGAGUUUCGUGAAGAAUUCAUACAAAUAUUAUGAUGAUGCUGCUUGUGUGCUGAGGAAAAUGUUUUUAGAUGCAAAAGCACCGCAUCUUGCUUCAACAAUUCCACCAGUUUUACCAUGGAAAAUCAACGAGCCAGUGCAGCCUUCAGAAGGACUUACACGCCAGGGAAGUGGAAUUAUUGGUACAUUUGGACAAUCUGAAGAGCUACGUUGUGUGAUUACUGUCAUUCGCCAUGGGGAUAGAACACCAAAACAGAAAGUGAAAUUGAAGGUUACUGAGGAGAAACUAUUAAAUUUGAUGCUUAAAUACAAUGGGGGUCGGCCUAGGAUUGAGACAAAGCUUAAGAGUGCUGUUCAGUUACAAGAUCUUUUAGAUGCCACAAGAACCUUGGUACCACGCAGCAGGCCAGGUAAGGAAAGUGAUAGUGAAGCUGAAGAUAUUGAACAUGCUGAAAAACUUCGUCAAGUGAAAGCUGUUCUUGAAGAGGGAGGACAUUUUUCUGGAAUUUAUCGGAAGGUCCAAUUAAAGCCAUUAAAAUGGGUAACAAUUUCAAAAAAUAAUGGAGAAGAACAAGAACGACCUGUUGAAGCACUUAUGGUUCUCAAGUAUGGAGGUGUUCUUACACAUGCUGGCAGAAAGCAGGCUGAAGAAUUGGGUAGAUAUUUCCGAAACAAUAUGUAUCCAGGUGAAGGCACUGGUUUGCUUCGCUUACAUAGCACGUAUCGUCAUGAUCUCAAGAUAUACAGUUCAGACGAAGGUCGUGUACAGGUGUCCGCAGCUGCGUUUGCCAAAGGACUGCUUGACUUGGAAGGACAACUAACUCCAAUCCUGGUUUCUCUUGUUAGCAAGGACUCCUCGAUGUUGGAUGGACUUGACAAUGCUAGUAUUGAGAUGGAAGAAGCUAAGGCUAGAUUAAAUGAAAUCAUAACAUCUGGCGAAAAGAUGGUACACAGCAACGGAUCUUCUGAGACACCAUGGAUGGUUGAUGGAGCUGGAGUUCCCCCUAAUGCUUUAGAACUUCUAUCAAAAUUGGUGGAAUUGACUAAGAAGGUCACUGAACAAGUUAGACUACUUGCAAUUGAGGAAGAUGAAAAAUUUGUUGAGUCUGGAGCAUACGGUGUCAUUCCUCCAUAUGACCAAGCAAAAGCCCUUGGAAAAACAAAUAUUGACGUUGAUCGUAUAGCUGCUGGAUUACCCUGUGGCAGCGAGGGUUUCCUUUUGAUGUAUGCUCGCUGGAGGAAACUUGAAAGAGACCUGUACAAUGAACGUAAAGUCCGUUUUGACAUUACACAAAUUCCAGAUGUCUAUGACUCUUGCAAAUACGAUCUUUUGCACAAUGCCCACCUCAACCUGGAAGGACUGGAUGAUCUAUUUAAAGUUGCUCAGUUACUUGCAGAUGGUGUUAUACCCAAUGAGUAUGGAAUCAAUCCAACGCAGAAGCUCAAAAUUGGCUCUAAGAUUGCUCGGCGUUUGAUGGGGAAAAUCUUAAUUGACCUGAGAAAUACUCGUGAAGAAGCACUCAGUGUGGCUGAAUUAAAGAGCAAUCAAGAGGAUGGUUCAAAAGCCACCAGUAAAACAGCAAAGGAAGAAGUGGACUUCCUAUUGAAGCCUAUCGUCAAGGGUGAGGACAUGAGAAGAUCUAGCUUCACGAGUGAAAAGUCAAUGGAUCAGGAUGAUGACGAGGACAAAGAAACUAAAUACCGCUUGGAUCCAAAAUAUGCAAAUGUGAAGACACCAGAAAGACAUGUCCGGACACGUCUCUAUUUUACAUCUGAAUCACAUAUUCAUUCCCUGAUGAAUGUCCUCCGCUACUGUAAUCUGGAUGAAUCUCUUCAAGGAGAGGAUAGCCUUGUUUGCAAUAGUGCCUUGGAACGAUUGCUUAAAACAAAGGAACUUGACUAUAUGAGCUAUAUUGUUCUCAGGCUGUUUGAGAACACCGAGGUGCCAUUGGAAGAUCCAAAGAGGUUCCGAAUUGAGAUGACUUUUAGCAGAGGCGCAGAUUUGUCUCCAUUGGAGCAGAAGAAUGAUCCUGAAGCUACUUCAUUGCACCAAGAGCAUACACUUCCAAUAAUGGGUCCAGAGAGGCUGCAAGAAAUAGGGUCGUAUCUGACAUUGGAUACAUUGGAGAAGAUGUUUCGACCUUAUGCGAUGCCAGCAGAGGAUUUUCCUCCACCCUCAACUCCUCAAGGAUUCUCAGGCUACUUCUCGAAAAGUGCAUCGGUGCUGGAGCGUUUGGUUAAUCUUUGGCCGUUCCAUAAACAUGAUAAACAUCAUGGAGGAGCCGGUCACAUUGUCAAGUAAUUAAUUAGUAAUGUCCGGUCUGGUUUGGUCUGUCAAAACAAGUUUACACACUAUUAUGUAUGAGCACUUUUGUGUUUUGUAAUAGUACAUUAUUCUUUCUUUCUUUCUUUGGUAAUUUUGGAGUUGGUU